CCUUCCCCCUGCGCGGGGCCCUGGCGGGAGGAGGUGGAGCCAGGGCCGUUGCUAGGAUCCGGCAGGUAACAGAGAGUCCGGCAAGUACAGACGCUGCUUCCGACGAGCCUGAGAAGCCGCUUCGAUAGGGAGUAGCUGCGUUUCUUAGUCAGGUUGAAUAGAUGUUCAUCACUGCUGAUCAUCAUAAAGUCAAGAUUUUUUGAGCACGUGCUAAUUGUCAGGCCUGUUUCUGGACUUAGAGGAGCAGCAUUGAUAAGGCCGAAAAGAUUCUUCUUCCUGCGAAAGUAUUAUUCUAGUUUACAGAUAGUAAACAAGAAAUGUCUGACCAGAGAGAAGAGUACUACUAUAUUGAGGAUAUAGCUGAAUCAACGGAAGACAGUGAUGAUGAUCUCAACACUGAUGAUAUUCCAGUACACCCAGAAGAGGCUAAAGAGUCAGAUCAAAUUGAUGAUCCCAACAGUGUCGAUAUUCCAGUUCCCUCAGAAGAGCCUCAAGAGUCAGAUCAAGUUGAUGAUCCCAACAGUGUCAAUAUUCCAGUUCCCUCAGAAGAGCCUCAAGAGUCAGAUGAAAUUGAAAAACAGGAAUCUGAAUUAGAACUAUUUAGUAAGUACCAGAAAGUACCUCAUGAGGAGCAGAGGUACCAAAGCUCUUCAAGCCUGGGACCAGUUGAUGAAGACCAAAGCUUGGAAAAAGAUGUGUCAUCCACACAAAGUUCACUCACUCCAAGACCUUCUGAAGAGCGGACUGAAGUGCAAACUCUAAGUGAUGAUACUCUGUCAUUUUUGGAUAAAAUAAAAGCGAUAAAGGAGUCUUUGCAAAAAUCAAUGAAAGAUUCUUUAGCAACAGUAAAAGUUGUACUUAUUCCUGUGGGCCAGGAAAUUAUAAUGUCUUUUAAAGUUGACAAUAUUAUUAAACACCUCAAGGACCAUUUUUCAUUCCAAUUGGGUAUCCCUUCUUAUAUGCUGCAGGUGACCUAUUCAGGAAUAAUUCUUAAAAAUAAUGAGACCCUAUUACAACAUGGAGUUGAGCCACAGGAAACUGUGCAAGUGGAAAUCUCUUCUACCCAUCCAGAUAUAUAUCCAAUCAAAAGAAUACAACAAUUAAGUAAUAUCUCUCAAAUCAUAACUGUCACUGUACAAACUGGCAUUGAUCAGUACCAGGAGGUAUCUGUUGAAAUUAUAAAAUCUGACUUUCAUAAACCAUUUCUUGGUGGAUUUAGGCAUCAAAUAACAGGAAUAGAAUAUCACAAUGCAGGAACACAAACUGUACCUAAAAAGAUUCCUGCAAGAACUGAUGUAUUUUGUAGGGAUGCACAGACAGUUUUUCAGAGAAAAAAGUUACAACAAACUACAAAUACAACAUCUACCCAGAUGACUAAAAUUGGUGUGUAUGUAUCAAAUAUGACUGAUAGACUGAAAGAACCAGGAAUGUAUUUUUCAGCAGCAGAAUAUCAUGCUCAAAGGUUAAAGGCGGUGAUAGUGCUACAGACUUACUACAGGCAAUGGCAUGCUCGAGUUUUGGUAGAGGGUUUAAGAAGACAGAAAAUGUUGAGAUUGGAGUGGGAAGCACAGGAAGAAAUAAGAAAGAUAAGAGAAAAAGAAGAACGGAUGAGAAUGGACUAUUUCCGGAGGUAUAAUCCUAAAACAAGUGAAGACUUUGAACUUCUUUAUAACGCACUAGAACUCUGGAGGCGUGAAGAAAUUACACGCAUUAACCAAUAUUUCACUGGAGCUGAGAGGAAAGCUGCUUUGUGCGAAGUUCUGGAAAAAGAGACUCAGAUAAUUGCUUCCAUUGGGAGACAUAAAUACAUUGCUUAUACAGAGAGGCGGGAUACAGCAGUGCAAGCUUUUUUGGAUAAGUGUUCAGCUCCGAAGACGUGGAGAAGAGAUGAUGGCAAAAUAAUUGAGAUGGAUACACAGUUCACCAUCAGAGCCAGGGAACUACAAUCCAUCUAUAAAUGCAUUAUCCUGAAAAAUAUCUCUCAAGAUGAGAGGCUGGAUGUACUCUUAACUCUUAAACACACUGUGAAGGAACAUGAAUGUAAACUGACUCAGGAUAUUCUAGAAUUGAUUGACAGAGAAGUUGAUCUUAUGAUGAGAGGAGUCAAACAUCAUAACCUUGAAGGACUCAGAAAAAGAAUUGCAACACUCUUUUUACAUUAUAUCAAAACACCUCUGUUUAAUCCUGAAGUUGCAAGAUACAUUAAGAUCCCUCAAGACCCAUUGAAGUUUUAUAGGAAGAUUUACUUUUGCUAUGGGUGUCAGCAAUAUUUGCCUUCUACGGAGUUUGCUGUGUCAUCCACCUCAUACCGUGUGUACCGGUGCCGUCGCUGCACUAGCCUUGAGAAUGAGGCUAAACAACGAGAAUCAUUUUUGAAGUACAAAUGUUUACUUCAACGGCUCUACUAUUCAGAAGCUGAUUAUGAAGAUGAUUCUAAAAUUGCUUUCUUGAUGCAGCUACAAGAUAUUCAGUACCUGACAGAAAACAUCUGGGCAUCCCAGUCAGUACUCAGUGCCUGGGACGAUCUCAAUGACCUGGUCAUGGUCAGGUGGAAUAAAUCCUUAGAGUGGUCCCCCUGGAACUGCAUUCUUCUUACCAAAGAUGAAGGGGCUGCUCAUCUCAAGCUAACAAAUAUUGAAGAGGAGUACAGGCCCUCAUUUAUUCACAAGAUCAAGCACAAACAUAUCCUGGCUAAGAACUAUUUUUCUCAGAUUCCAGCGCUGGCAUCAUUUAUACUUGAUGAUGGUGAAAUGGAUGUGAUCAGAAAGAAAUAUCAGUCAGACACAACACUUAAGGCCAAGACAUCGAGGCACAGAGUUAGUAGGUAACUUACCAAAGAACCUGAAGAGUUGGACUAUUAUCAGACCCUGAGAUUUUCCUUGAAAGUCUCCAGACUGCUUCCGAUGGGCCUCCAUAACUUGCUGUAAUUCUCUAAUCUAUCUUUGAGUCUUGAACAAAUUGGUUUGGAAUUGGAUCUUCCCCUCCAACAUCAAAGAGAAACCAAAAGAGAGGCUAUGCCCUGUAUUUCCUGUGCUAAGAACAGUGUACUUAUUAGGCAUGCAAUAAAUAGUCAUUGGAUAAAUAUGUCAAAAUGCUUAUUGCUUUUAUGAUGAUAUUAAUUUUACACAUGGUUACCAUAUUGAUAAAGAUUUUGUCCUGCUAUGUUAUUUAAAUUAUUUAACAGAUAAAUAUUAGGAGAUGGAAAUUAUCAAAAAUUGAAAUGGACUUGCUUAAAGAUACUUUGAUUUAGCUGAGUGCACUUGAAAAGAUCUUUAUAGGCUCAUAAUUUUUUUUGUUAGUGAAGAUGAAAUUAGGCUUAUCUGUUAAUAAGGAUUGAAAAACAAAAAUUAAAUCUUUAAACAGAGUUCACAUUUUGUCAUAUUUAGAUUUUAAACUAAAGGUGGAUAUACUCUCAGAUCUGCUCUAACCUGAGAACUCCCAGGUUACCUUCUUGAGGCUUACCUGUCCAGGUCCACAAACACAAGUUUUCCCCUCUUUCAGGAGGCUUCACUUUCUCCACAUUGUCCACAUUUAGUUCUAGGACCAAACUAAACUUCCCUGUAUCAUGAACAACUGUAGGAAACAAACUAUAUAUGAUUAAGGCAAGUUUCUUGCGUUUCUCUUUUUUUGGCAUGGGUUUAGAUCAAGGCACAACCAUUUUCAAUCGCUCCCUAUCACGACUCCCAUAUAAGGAGAUAGCUUCCAGCUUCCAUUAUUAUCCACAGUUUAGUGAUUACCUUAUAAGCACAAGGUGCUGCAAGACAUUUACAAAAACAUUUAUUUUAGAAAUAAGUCCUUCAUCAUAGCUUGGCAAGUUUGGUGUUAGUUCCCUAUUUUAUAGAGGAGGUUUUAAGAAGUUUACAAACAAGUGGCAAAGUUGGAACUAGAAUCUUUGUUCUACUCUAAAACCAUGUUUUUCCACUAUUCCAUGAGGAUGUACUAGAUCCUAAAUGAUGGGUUUAUGAUUGUUUUAGUUCUACAUCUUACUUUCUUUCAGCUUCAGAACAGUCUUGUUUAUCCCUUCAGAGAAGGUUCUUUCCUAUAUGGCUCCUGGGUUUAUAGACUUGGCUCUUACGCUUGUUCUCCUCAACUGAAAAAUUUUAGCUGGUGAUUCUACCACUUCCUAGGACCAUAUAUUCUAGAAUAGAGUCAGCUUUGAGUUUCAGAUUCUCAGCAGUAAUUCCCUCCCCCAGCCAUAACAGGGCAUUGCAGUUUGGUAAGCCAUGUGAAUGUCCAAUUCUAAACCCAGGAAUCAGGCGGAUGCACCCACCCUUCCCCAGCAGUGCUGAAUUGAAGCUGACUUCACCUCUUCUCAGUCCUCCCUGCCCCCAAACACUGGGCUAGGGUUCUGCAUACCUUACAGCAUGGAGGACAGAAGAGAACUUGUGUUCUCCAGGAGGAGGUACUCUCAAAAUGAAGAAGAAAGGGUAGAGCUGAGCCAAGUGUGGGUUGCUCUCCCAAACUUACAAUUUAUGUAAGUCAAUCAACCAGCACAGGAGUGGAGUGAGAUAAGGCAGAGAAAAGGGCCAUUAGUUGAACUUUCUUUACACAUCAGGGGAAGGGAGGGACUUUUCCUUCAAUUAAAGCACUAACAUAAGAACUACAAUGUAACUGUCUAUAUAAUCUCAAUUCCAAGCCUUUCUCUCUGAGACUAUCACCUCCUCUCUGUCAACCCCACUGUCUUUGGUAUCCUCAUUUCGACAUCCUUUGAUCCCACCACAAUCCACUGACCCUAUGACAUUUUCACUAUCCCUCAUUGCUUUCUUUUCUUCUCUCUUGUCUCAGAUUUCAUGAUCAAUCAUAUAAUUACUCCUUUAGAUACGCUCUCAAAUCCCUUGCCCCUUUCUCACUUUAUCAUGUUGGUCUUCUAUAAGAAGAAAAUACCACAAAGAUGUUUUCCAUGUCAUCUUAGCUACUUAAGGAAGUAGUAAAAUAGAUCCAUAAGUAAUAUGUGCAUGCAAACACUUACUUAAAAAAAGUAUGGCCCACGCCUCACAAGACCUGAACAAAAGCCACCAGGCGAGUGACUUUACACCACUUGCACCACCUAAAAAUUCUUGGGUCCCUCUCUUUCAGGACAAUGCCAGAACACUUUAGAGUGGUUUAAAUGUUUGCCCUCACCAAAACUCAUGUUGAAAUUUAAUUUCCAUUGUCACAAUAUUGGGAAGUGGGAUCUUUAAGAGGUAUUUAGGUCAUGAAAGCUCCACCCUUAUGAGUAGACUAUGCCAUCAUCUCAGGAGUGGGUUUGUUAUCGAGGGUUGGAUUUGCCCCACCUUCCACUCUUCAGCCAUGUGAUACCUUCCACUACAUUGUGGUGCAACAAGAAAGUCCUCGCCCGAUGCCAGCACUUCGAUGUUGGACUUCCCACCCUGCAGAACUGUGAGCCAAUAAAUUUCUAUUCAUUAUAAACCACC